GCAUCAAAUUCCCAUCUCAUAUAACCCCUCUUUCUAUAAUCUCACAUUCACUACUCAUCAACCAAAAAUAUACAAUACCACCAUAAAUCAAUAUCCAUGGCUAUGGUUAUGGUGGUGGUUCUAACAAUCCUUUUGGUCAUACUAGCAACUCUUCUAUUUAAACUCUUGUAUGAAAACAUCUCAUGUUACUUUCUCACUCCACUACGAAUCAAGAAAAUCAUGGAGAAACAAGGUAUUCGCGGCCCGAAACCUCGAUUCUUCACCGGAAACAUCUUGGACAUGGCUUCCCUUGUUUCCAAAACAACCUCAAAUGACAUGAAAACUAUAAGCCAUGAUAUCGUUGGUCGCCUUCUUCCUCAUUUUCUUCUUUGGUCCACCCAAUUCGGAAAGAGAUAUAUAUAUUGGAAUGGUCCAGAACCAAGGUUGUGUUUGACAGAAACAGAAUUGAUAAAAGAGUUUCUUUCAAAAUACAGUACAGUUUCAGGGAAAUCAUGGCAACAAAAGCAAGGUUCAAAAAACUUCAUUGGUGAAGGAGUUUUGAUGGCAAAUGGUGAAGAUUGGUAUCAUCAACGUCACAUUGUUGCCCCUGCAUUCAUGGGAGAUAGACUUAAGAGCUAUGCAGGGCAUAUGGUGGAAUGCACUAAAGAGAUGAUAGAAUCACUAGAAAAUGGGUUAGAGUGUGGACAAAAUGAAGUGGAGAUAAGUGAGUACAUGACAAAACUUACUGCAGAUAUUAUAUCUAGAACAGAGUUUGGUACAAGUUACCAAAAAGGAAAGAAAAUAUUUCAUCUUCUAACAGUUUUACAGACUCGUUGUGCACAAGCAAGUCGCCAUCUUUGCUUUCCUGGAAGCAGGUUUUUUCCAAGCAAGUACAAUAGAGAGAUAAAGGCUUUAAAGAUGGAAGUGGAGAAAUUAUUGAUGGAAAUAAUUCAAAGUAGAAAAGAUUGUGUUGAGAUUGGAAGAACAAAUUCUUAUGGGAAUGAUUUGUUAGGAAUACUAUUGAAUGAGAUGCAAAAGAAAGGGUCAAGGAAUGAAAAUAAUAGCUUAAAUCUACAAGUAGUAAUGGAUGAAUGCAAAACAUUUUUCUUUUCUGGACAUGAAACAACAGCACUUUUACUCACUUGGACAGUUAUGUUACUAGCAAGUAAUCCAUCUUGGCAAGAUAAGGUUAGAGAUGAGGUUAAAAGGGUUUGUAAUGGAGGAAUUCCUUCUUUGGACCAACUCUCCAAGCUCACUAUUUUGCAUAUGGUAAUAAAUGAGUCAUUAAGGCUAUAUCCUCCAGCAUCUGUGCUUCCUAGAAUGGCCUUUGAAGACAUAAUAUUGGGUGACCUUUAUAUCCCUAAAGGGUUAUCAAUUUGGAUUCCUGUUUUGGCUAUUCAUCAUAGUGAAAAACUAUGGGGUAAAGAUGCAAAUGAAUUUAAUCCGGAUAGGUUUACUUCAAAAUCAUACAUUCCUAGCCGUUUUUUACCAUUUGCUUUUGGCCCUAGAAAUUGUGUUGGACAAACAUUUGCCUUAAUGGAAGCUAAAAUUAUAUUAGCGAUGUUGAUCUCUCGAUUUAGUUUCACUAUUUCUGAUAAUUACCGUCACGCACCUGUGGUUGUGCUCACAAUUAAGCCAAAAUACGGAGUUCAAGUUUGUUUGAAGCCCUUGAAGUCCGAAAUUGUCAAAUGUUGAGAGUUGGGACUCGGAAGACUAUAAAUAAUGUUGCUAUUGCAAUUAGCCAAUUUCAAUCUUGUUAGAAAGAACAAAUCAUAUAAUUCACAUUGCGAUUUUGACAAAUUGGACACUUAGAAUCUCAAUUGUUUGAACUUUAUCAACAAUUGAGAUCAUUGAGUAUAAUGACGGCUUAGUUUUUGUAUCACAUCAAAAUGUAGAGUUUUGAGAUUUGAGAGUUUAGGAUUGAGGGAUGGUGGUCUUUUGUUUUUGGUCAUUGUAUGAGCGGUGAGUGAGAUGUUACAAUCUUGAUCUUGAUGAGUAUUCUUGUAAUUUAUUUUAUUUUAUUUUCAACUUUUUUACCAUGAAUAAAUUGGGAUGAAAUAAUCGUUGCAAGGAUUAUGAUGUGUAAAUUAGUAACAAUUUGGGUGAAAGUUAACCCCUUAAUCUAGCCACUGCUUUACUUUCU